AUGUUUUUCGCUAACGAAAACAGAGAUAUCGUUAGAGCUGAAAACCCAGGUAUCUCCUUUGGUCAAGUUGGUAAAUUAUUAGGUGAAAAAUGGAAGGCUUUAACUCCAGAAGAUAAGACUCCAUAUGAAAACAAGGCCGAAGCUGAUAAAAAGAGAUAUGAAAAAGAAAAAGCUGAAUAUGCUAAAAAAAAUUCUAACUAA